AUGAACGGCAGGCGAAGUGGCCCAACUACCGCUGAUAGGUACUGCUCACCACCAAUAACAGCCACUUCGCCUAAUAGGAAUGAGAUGCAAAAUCGUAAGCUUUUGUUUCCCUUUCCCAUCUCAUUUAACUAUACUGUAUCACAACAUUUAACAGCAGUUUUCUAUGGUAGGCGAACGACAUCGGCUAGCAAACUGUCGCAAAUUUUUGGUAGCAAUUCUGAAAGAACAUCAACAAGUUCACUGCAGUCAGGUCUUCAGGAUCUUGGAGCAACAAGCAAAUUAGCAACAAAAAUUGCUGAAUCUCAACUUCGCGGCGCAGAUCUGUUGGAACGAUGGGCACGCGAUUCUCAGAAUGCAGCGAUUGAUGACGUUAUGCAUCAAACUAGCCAACUUUUUCGAAUGUUCUCCGAAAAACAGCUACAGUUUGCGAAAGAUUACGAUCAUUUUUUGAAGCAAUUACAUAAGAUAGCAGAUGCUGAAAAAUUGGUACACGACGCCGAAAAGAAACUUCAGUUUUUGGAGGAUAGGGAAAAAAAAUUGAAACGUGAAAUACAAAAGGCUGAACGUGUUUUGAAUGAAACUCGAGCUGAAAUGGAGGUGGUAAAAAUGUUUCGAUUUCGACAUGGCAUGCAGGGUAUUGCUGAUUCUUAUCGCGCAUUUGGUAAAAAUUGUCAGGCUAUCUUCGAUUGUCAUCGUGAAAUCACUGAGCUUGUUCCGGCGGUUGCAAACGAAGACGUUCGUCGAAUGGUAUAUGAUGGUGUACCAAUUACCAGAGAACGUGUAGAAAACUUACGCCGUUUUCUCAUACAAGUGAUUUGUGCUGAACUAACCAUUACUAUUAACAGGUCACUGGAGCCAGAAACUGCAGCAUUCUAUCCACCAGCACGGAGACGUAGCGAACCGAUACGAAGCCGAGCACGUAUCAGCCAAGGAACACCACCGCCACCAUAUACACCAUCAGCUCCAAACGAAGAACAGAUGAUACCCGUAUUCUCAUCCAGUGCGGUGAAACAUCAAUAUUAA